AUGGAGUCAUGGAUUGGGAAGUCAAUUGACUACUUCAUGACUUUUGCAAUCACUGAUUUUUAUGCUCGUAACAACAAUUAUAGAACGCGGAUCGUUCUCCACACAAGGGACUCCAAAGGUGACCCCUCACAAGCUCUGUCAGCUGGUAUGAUCUCGUUUUCAUUGUUUUCUGAUGUAUUCUUAUCAUAUUGCCAGAUGGUACAGCCCAGAUACAUAUAUCUUGAAGCUAAGCUGUUGGUCCCAAUUGCUGAUAAAGCUAAAGUCCCUAUAUUUUCCUUUGCGGGUUCCCCUUCCAUGAAAUAUCCUUUCUUGUUUCUAAUUAAGGAAGAUGAAUUAGUUAUGUCAAAAAGUAUUGCUACCGUAGUGGAUUCUUUCGGUUUGAGGGAUGUUAUAUUUUUAUACGAGGACCUUGAUUAUGGACGGGAAACCUUAUCAUAUUUUCUUGAAUCGUUUCAAGACAAAAGCAUCCGAGUCAGUCAGGGAAGUGCAAUUUCUGCCUUGUCCGCGGAUGAUCAAAUCACUCAAGAGUUGCAAAAGAUUAAGAUUAGUCACACAACGGUAAUUGUUGUACAUAUGUCAUCUUUACUAGCAUCAAGAGUUAUCUUAAUAGCAAAAAGGUUGGGAAUGGUGGGUGAAGAAUAUGCUUGGAUUGUGACUUACAAAACCAUUGACAUCCUGCAGCCAGCUGUCGAUAAUGAAGUUAUCGAGUCAUAUCCAGGAGUGAUAGGAAUAAGGUCUUAUAUACCAGCAUCAGGCAAGCUGUUUAACUUAACCACAAAAUGGUACAAUGAAUGUUGUAUUAAGUACCCUAGUUUAGCAUCACCAGAGGUAAGUGUGCUUUCCAUAUGGGCGUUCGACACCAUUUGGGCACUAGCAGAGUCAGUCCAAAGGCUGGGGUUUCAGUUUUCAUUUGUUGUCACUCAAAUCGAUUUGAUGCUUCAAUAUGAGGUUUCAAAAACAAGAUUUAGGGGUGUGAGUGGCGAUUUUCAAUUUAAUGUUGGAAAGCUAGUCUCCAAUGGAUUCAAGAUUGUGAAUGUGAUACACAAUUGA